UUGUCAUUUUGUCCAACUGUUAACAUCAGUAAUAACUUAGAUUUUCAUUGGAAUUUUAUUACGGUUUUAUAUUUUUUUAAAUUUUUUUAACGUGAAAAUGGAUCAACCUAAAAAAACAACUCAUCGCUUCCCAUCAAAAAAAUUAUCAGUUAAAAAAUCGCUGAGUUCUCGAGUGAUGAAUAUUCUAGGAAUUCGUGCCAAAACUAAUUCCAACCCAGAUGUCGUAGAACCUGUUGUGGAAUCUUUUUUCUUAGGUGCUGGCAAUCAACCACCAUGCUCAUCGAGGGAAACAAUUAGCAAAAUGGUGGAUUUGAGGGAUAAUGAAACUAAUGAUUGGGGUACUGAAAAAGUUUUACAUAACUUGACAUUUGAUAAAUUUAUAUGUAGUAAUCAAGAAUCCAAGUAUGAUUUUUAAUUUAAAAUUUGAUUGAAUAUAUGAGUCUACUAAUUCGCGAAUUUGUUAUUAUUUUUGAAAAAUCAGCGUAUUUCAUCCGUUUCGAAUAUUGGUUAUAACAGUUUUAAAAAUUAAAUAUUAUUAUUUAAAUGUUAUAACAGACCAUGCGAUGUAAAUGAAAGUUCGGGAAGACGAAUAGUGGAUAUACUUCCAACAGGUACAAAACUUAAGUUAUCAGACAAUUACGGCAUUGAUGCUUUUAAAGGUGAAACUAUCUGGUCAAACAAUAACAUAAACUGUGAAGAACACGAUAUCAGUGUCCUAUAUAAUGGACCAGCGUCAUUAAUUACGUCAAAUACUAUUGAUGAAAGUUCAAAUACAUAUACUUAUAUUGUGGAGACUGACAAAAUAGUCUUUGUUUUAAAAAAAAGUCAAAAAAACGUUCGCUUGCACAGGAAUCCCAGUUAUUCAGAACUGAACAUAUGCAGUUAUUAAUUUUAACAGAACCUACAUUUUUUAAUUAUUUCACACGAAAAACCAUAAUUGCUCAAAAUACUAAUUUAUUAGCUUACAUAAACACAAAAUUUGUUUAUGUCGAAAAUUUCUUCAAAUCAACUAUUACAUCGUUGUAUAACGAUAUACUACUUAAACAAUGUGAGCUAGACAGAAAAUUACUUGAGCAACGACUCACAUUAGCAUCUUCUAGUCUUUCAGAAUUGGCAUAUUUAAUAGGUGGUGGACCAGGGUUUACCGCAAUAAAAGGCAGUGAAAUUAUCUACUUAAUAAAAUGUAAAAAAUUCAACGUAGAAAUUUCACAAAAAAGAUUGUUUUAAUGAACU